UGUAAUCCUUCCUUUCACCCUUAUAGUCCACUCAGACCUCAACAUUUCACGGUAAAUUCCUUCGUAAUCCUCUCAUAUUCCAAAUUACAGUGAAAAGUUAGCCUUUAAAGGCUAAUUUAGGCCAAAUUAUCCAUCCUGUUUUAUGGGGCUUUAAAGUGGCUUUGGAGGAGCCGUAGAGGGAUUUUGAGGAGAGGAGAGGAAUAAGGGGGUAGGGAGGAUAAGGAGGAGAAGGGGUACUGGGAGGGGGAAAGUGUUGUGUUAGGGGUCUUUGGGGCCUGGAUUGGGUGGUUAUGGGGGUUAGGAGCUGAGUGUUGUGAGAGGUUGUUGUAGAGGUGAAGGAUGAGUGAUAGGAGGUAGUUGAUAGUUUAAAGUUGAAUAGUGAGAGUAAUGACUUUUUUCAUACCUUAUUUAGUAUCUUUCAAGAAAUACCAGCUCUUGGAUAAAGAAAGGGAAGAUAAAUAUUUGCAUCAUAGUUUGUAUUCAUACCAUCAGAGUGAAGUAGGGCUAGCAAGUUUGGCGCAAGCUAUUGAAUUCAGAUGGUUCUCUACUUUUUAUUUUUCAUCUGCGCUCUACAUAUCCUUCUCUUGAACUAUAUCCCUGAUUCAUCAACUCUAUGCCAUCAUCUUUGCUUUGCUGAAUAGCCAGAGCUCUUUAACUUCUUAAGUAUUGUUUUUAUUUCUUUCAUACAAGCUAAGGUUGCCUAUAUACUCUUUAGGCUUUAUUUUGUGUUGGUUAACCGAGACUUUUGAACAAACUAUGCUACUAGGCUCCUUAUUGUAAAAUCUUCAGUGAAGGCAGUACUUACUCUGUUGCAGAUAGCUUUACCUUAGCCAUAUCUUCUAAAAAUUUCCUCUUAAUUUUCUUGGCUAUCUUUGUACCACCUCCACCUGUAUUAUACCUUCUAUUCAACUAUUCUCUCUCCUAACCCCCUUCCUUCAUACCCCCUUCACUUCAACCCUUUCUCCCCCCAAUGUCCUCCUACCUCCAAACCCCCACCUCUCCACUCCUCUCCCCUUCCCAUCCUCCCUUGCCCCUCUACCCCCCUAGGCCACCUCGCCCCACUUGUACUGCCCAAAAGUCCUUCUGACUCCUAGCCGUGAGGUUUAAGCCAAGUGGAUUUUUGAGGCGAAAUUUUUGAUUUUUGAGUGGGGAUUUAGAGGAGAAGUUCAGUGGUGGUGGGAUUUUAAUGGGUUUUGGUAGGGUUGAAAGGAAGAUUGGGGGUGAAACAACCGGUGAUGGGAAGGAAUAGGAAUAGUGUGAGGAGUAGGAAGAGUAAGGUCGCUCUGAGAUCUGUGUGGGUUGAAAGGUCCUCGUCGAGUAUUGGGAGGAAUAAGAUCACGCCCUAGUACUAUUACGCAGUUUUAGUAAUUUUAAAACAGGAGAAGUCAGCAGACUUGGUAAAUUCAAAGAAUUUAAAAUUAAGCCCCUCAGCUAUGUCAUACUGCGCCAAAGGUUUCUUUCAGGCCAAAUUUUAAGGUCCAGCCACCAAAACUGAACAACUUUUACCCUGAUCUACCAAUUACCCAAGAAGCCAACCUGAUCUUUGUAAAGCACCCACUACGAUUAACUAAGAAAAACACUAAAUACAACAAAAGGGAGAUCAAAGAUUAUGUAAGCAUGAAAAAGGAUGUACACAACAAGAUGAAGAGAUCUAAGUCAAUCAACAAGUUACAGAAGCGCAAAAGUAUAGGCAAAAAGUCCUCAAAGAAUACGAAAUCUAAGGCUAUCCAAUUGCUUGACCUCCUUUACUCACAUGAUAAAAAGAACGAAAUACUGUCAACUAUUAAGCCAGAUCCUGAACUAUCUUCUGGUCUUAAGAGACCAAACUCAACAUAUUCGAAUAGCCCGAAGAAAGUUCAAAAUUACCUCCAAUCUUUGGAAUUGAGAAAGGAUCUUAUCAAUUCAGAAUUAUGAGAUACUUCUGGUUCAGUCCAAUCAACGAUCCUUAAUCCAGCUGGGACCUCUUCCUCUCAAGAAAGAGAGAAGGUGGUGUUUCACACAAAGAUAAGGAUCCAGAAGAAGCCUAAGCAGAGCAGGAACUUGAUCUUCUCAAAUCCGUACAUUCGGGAUGCGAUGUCUCUUCCUUCAUAG